AUGUCUGGUGAAACGUCGAAAACUGAUUGGAAUAAAAUAUUUAAAAAAAAUAAACAAUAUAUGAAAACUAAAAAUCAAAUGAAAUCUAAAAUUGAAGAUAAAAGAUUAUCACAGAUGGGAUUGGAUAAAAACUUAUCAACUUUAUUUAGUCGUAUAUUAAAACAACAAGAAGAGAUACAAAAGAAAUUAGUAGACCCACCUGUUGGUGUUUCACAUCCUCCCCUAGAAAUAGAACAUCCUCCUGCAAAUCAAUUUAUCAUAUGGUCACAUAACGAUAUAAUACGUCAUUUUUCAAACCCUAGCCCAGAUUUACCAAAGAGUAUUAAACCAAUCGUUGAUAAUGAGGGGCUAAUGUUUAAUCGUUUUAGAAUAAGAUUUAAUGAAAAUGCACCACAAGUCAGAAUCUUAACAAAACCCUUUAUAUACACAUUAAUAGAAGGAUUAAUAGAUUUAAUGAAUGGACCCGAAACAAAUAGAUCGAAAGAAGGUGACCGACAUAUAAAAGCUAUUAAUGAAAACGAUGAAUAUAUAUUCGAUAAUAUGAUGCCAAGAGAUAGUAGUAGUAGAGAAAGUAGUAUAUCUAGUGGAGAAGGUAUAACUUUUUUGUCCGAUGAUCCUGAACAAUUACUCAACAGACUUAAUAUAAUUAUUGAAGCAAUAAAACAUGUACAUCAAUCUAAUUUCAAUGAAAUCCGCGCCAUUUUAAAAAAGAUUAUUAGAAAAAGGAAUCAUAGGUAA